AUGGCUACAAACGGUAUUCAGGAGGCUUUUGCGCCCAACGAUGUGCUGUCGGCCAUGGUUACUAUGCGCGGCGGCGAGCAGGAAACCAAGAAGAAGGCGCACGCAUACCUGGAACGCUUCCAGAAAUCUAAAGAUGCUUGGGGCACCGUCAUCGGCAUCCUCCAGUCCGACGCAGAGCCCGAGGCCAAACUCUUUGCGGCUAUCACUUUGCGCGGAAAGAUCACCUACGACCUGUCAACGCAAGUAUCGGAAACCGAACUGCCUGCGCUGCGGGACCAAAUCCUCCUCCUUCUCAAACACUUUGCCGCUGGUCCCAAGCCUAUACGAGUCCAACUCUGCGUGUGUCUUGCGACGCUGGCGGUACAGAUGAAGGAAUGGAAGGAUGUUCUCCCCACAGUGGUCUCGUCUCUCGGCGACAGCGUCGAGAGCCACGCGGCCAUUCUCGACUUCCUGCGCGUGCUGCCCGAGGAGGUAACCGAAGGCCGCAAAAUCACCCUUACUGAAGAAGAGCUUUCCCAGCGGACCAGGGAAUUGCUGGGUGACAACACGGACCAGGUCGUUCAACUGCUGAUCAACUACUCCCAAUCAUCUCCCUCUGCUGCCCAAAAUCCACAGCUGAUGGAGUGCAUCACUUCAUGGCUUCGCGAAGUUCCCGUCAAUACUAUUGUCAAAUCCCCACUCCUCGACGUCAUCUUCAACGCUGUCGGCAACGAGCACGCAUCUCAGGAAGCGUCGGAGUGCUUGUGCACCAUUUUCAGGGAGACGAGGGAUGUCGACGAUAACCUCGACACUAUCCAGGUCCUUCUUCCCCGGGUCAUCGCGCUGCGACCUAGGAUCGAAGCAGUCGUCAACGACGAAGACACGGAGGUUUACAAGUCCCUGACCAAAAUCUUUGCUCUCGCCGGCGAGGCGUGGGUCGUGGCCAUAGCCCGCGAGCCCCAGCACUUCCGAUCGCUUGUUGAUGCGGUGUUGGAAUGCGCUGCGAGGGAUAAAGAUCGCGAUGUCAUCGAGCACACGUUCCAAUUUUGGUACGAGCUGAAGCAAUAUUUGGUAUUGGAGAGGUACAUUCAGGCGAGGUUGGAGCUGGUGGACGUUUACUCGAAGCUCGUGGAUAUCCUCCUCAAGCAUCUGGAAUAUCCCCAGUCCGAGUCGGCCAACGAAACGGACCUCUUUGACGGUGACCGAGAGCAAGAGGAGAAGUUCCGCGAGUUCCGGCACCAGAUGGGCGACACACUCAAGGAUGCAUGUGAAGUGAUGGGUGUGACAGACUGUCUCACCAAGGUCCUUGACGCCAUCAAGCUUUGGAUGCACAAGUACGCCAGCCAGGCCACGGCAACGUCGGUCCCUCAUUGGCAGGAGCUGGAAGCCCCCCUGUUCUCCAUGCGCGCGAUGGGGCAGAUGGUUGACAAGGAGGAAGCCAUCGUCUUGCCGCAGUUGAUGCCGCUACUCGUUCAGAUCCCCAGUCACGAGAAGCUCCGUUUCGCCACCAUCAUGGUCCUUGGUCGAUACACGGAAUGGACCUCAGCACACCCAGAAUACCUCGAGCCGCAGUUCAACUACAUCGUGACCUCUUUCCAGACGGAUUCGAAGGAGGUUGUCAGGGCUGCGGCCAUGGCUAUCAAAUACUUCUGCACCGACUGCAAGCAACUCCUGAGUGGCCAAGUGCUUCAGAUGCAGACAUUCUACGACCAGAUUCUCGACAAACUACCCGACAUGAGUCAAGAGGAAAUCACCGAGGGAGUUGCCAGCGUUGUUGCUGUACAACCCCCAGCCGAAAUCUACAAGCUUCUCAAGCUCUACUGUGACCCCCUGGUGCAGCGCUUGAUGAACAAGGCCAAUGUUGCUACUGAUGACAAGGGUAAAUUGGCGCUUGCAGACCACCUCCAACUCAUUACCACGUUCAUCCAGAUAGUCGUGCCGUAUGUCGGCCCUGGAGAAGAAAACCCCGCCGUCAAGUAUUGGCAAGAAGUGUUCCCAGUGCUUGCCACCAUCCUGGACAACUUCCUCGGCUUCGUUCCAAUCUGCGAGAGAAUCUGCCGCUGCUGGCGCAACAUGAUCAUUUCCUACAGAACGGCCAUGACGCCGUUGCUGCCGGAGAUGGCCAACAAACUGGCCAGCGGCUUCUCCAGCUCACGCCAGGGCGCGUUCCUCUGGGUCACAGCUGCUAUUCUCAGGGAGUUCUCCGAAGAUCGGGAGCACGUGGAUCAGGACAUUACCCAGAGCAUCUACGUCUUCUUCGAGGCACAGACGACGACUUUUUUGAGGGUGAUGAGCGAGCUUCAGCCCAGCGAACUGCCAGACGUUAUCGAGGACUUCUUCAGACUGCUGAUUGACGCUCUCCUCUACUACCCACAGAGACUCAUCCCUUCGGAGCUUCUGGGACCUAUAUUCGAGGCUGCUGUCUACGCUUUGACCCUAGAGCAACGCGACCCCCUGUCGGCGACCCUUCACUUCCUCCGCGAUCUCCUUACAUACGGUGGGGACAACCCUGCCACGUCAGAUGUCCUCCCGCCCGAUGUUGCUGCUCACAUUCGCGAGGUUGUGAGCAAGUUGCUCAGUACACAUGGCGAGAAACUGGUGAAGCAAGUCAUGGCCGGCAUGAUGAUCACCUUCCCUCGGGACUGUUUUGCGGACGGUAGCGGUGUCCUGCUGGCAAUGUUUGAGUUGUUCCCGGCCCAAACGACUAUUUGGGUUGAGCGCACUAUUCAGUUACUGCCUCAAGGCACUAUCACCCCGGCCGAGGCGGACCGGCUGAUGAUCAAGAUCAAGGAGCGUCUGAGCGGCAACGACCCCAGCGCAAUCCGGCAAGUAAGGGCGCUUCUUCAGGAUUUUACCAACACAUAUCGUCGGCGGUACGUAGCCCCCCGUGAGGGCCUGGGUCAAUUGGAGGCCGCACGUUUCCACUUCACGGGCUAG